AUGGAAAUCAUCUCAGCUUAUCAUGAGAAUAGUUUGAUAAAUGGGAUAAGGAUUUUUCAUAGACUAUUUUGGGCCUUCGUUCCGUGUAUAUCUGCGUUUAAAUUCUGCAAACCAAUAGUACAAGUUGAUGGGACUUGGCUGUACGACAAGUACAAAGGAACUUUAUUGGUAGCAGUUGCACAGGAUAGGAACUCUAUUGCUUAUGCUAUUGUGGAAUGUGAGACAAAAAAAUGUUGGAGUUUCUUUUUGAGAAAUUUGAGAAAAUUUGUCACUCCACAGGCCAACAUUUGUUUGAUUUUCGAUAGACAUGAAUCUAUUAAGAGUGCUUAUAAUAAUCCGAAUAAUGGGUGGCAAGAUCCUCCGUCAAAGCAUAUGUUCUGCGUCCGACAUAUUGCACAAAAUUUUACAAGGGAAUUUAAAGACAAUGCUUUGAAGAAAAAAGUUAUUUCUCUGGGUUACUCGAUCAACGAGCCUACAUAUCGAUACUACCGUAGAGAAAUCGGCAUGCUAAAUCCGGAUGCUUUGAAAUGGUUAGACAACAUACCUCGACAAGAUUGGAUUCAAGCAUUCGAUGGAGGUAGUUGUUGGGGUCAGAUGACAACCAACCUUGUGGAGUCAAUCAACGCAGUAUUAAAAGGCCCGCGCAACCUUCCCAUCACUGCUUUGGUGCAAUCAACUUAUUUUAAAACAGAGACACUAUUUCCAACCAUGGGAAAACGACACGCAUCAAUUUUAGCUUCUGGUCAGGUAUACACAAAAACUUGCAUAGAUUUUAUGAAAUUGGAAAUAAGUAAAUCCAAUAGUCAUAGGGUAGAUAGUUUUGAUCGGAGCAACCAUACUUUCAUGGUGCACGAGACAGUGGUUCCAAGAGAAGGGCGACCAAUUGCAGCAUGCUCUAGCAUAAAGUAUAAUUAUUGGAGCCUUAUACCUGAUGUGUAUAAAGUGGAAUCGGUAUUAAAAGUCUAUGAUGAAGUGUUCCAACCCAUACCAAACCAAGGAUAUUGGCCACAAUAUGAAGGUGUUAAGGUGUGUCACAAUCCACUAAUGCGGAGAGUCGCGAAAGGUCGUCCAAAGAGCAAACGCAUUAGAACAGAAAUGGACAGUAAAGAAAGAGAACCAAGAAAAUGCGGGUUAUGUCGGGUCUCUAGUUGUAAGACCCAUAAUUUUAAAGAAGGCCCGCGCAACCUUCCCAUCACUGCUUUGGUGCAAUCAACUUAUUUUAAAACAGAGACACUAUUUCCAACCAUGGGAAAACGACACGCAUCAAUUUUAGCUUCUGGUCAGGUAUACACAAAAACUUGCAUAGAUUUUAUGAAAUUGGAAAUAAGUAAAUCCAAUAGUCAUAGGGUGGAUAGUUUUGAUCGGAGCAACCAUACUUUCAUGGUGCAUGAGACAGUGGUUCCAAGAGGAGACAGUGGGUCCAAGAGAAGGGCGACCAAUUGGUCAUUUUAG